ACCGUGCAUGCUUUGAAAGUUUGAGUACUACUUCCUUUCAUACAAUUUAUUUUCUUUCCGACGUUUGAAUACUCUUCUACUUUGAGGUAUUCAAGAUGGCUUCCAGCAAGGCACAGCAGCAAUUACCAGUGGAUUUGGAGCUCAAAAAAGCAUUUCAAGAGCUCCAGAGCAAAAUGAUAGCAACCCAGCAGCAGCUGAAGAUUUCAGACGCCCAGAUUGAAACGUUAAAGAGAGCCAUCCAGAGAAAUGUUCUUGUGGAGAAGGAAAUAGAACGACUCCCUGAAAACACCCGAGUGUAUGAGGGUGUGGGUCGAAUGUUUAUGCUUGCACAAAUUCCUGAAGUGAAAAACACUCUUGAAAUGAAAAAUAAAGCUGCAGAAAGUAAAAUCAAGAACAUAGAGGGCACCAAAGUCUACUUAGAAAGGAAUAUGAAGGAGAGUGAAGACAGCCUGCGAGAAUUGAUCAUCUCCAAGCAGGGAAGGGGAUAGUGUUAUAGAUCAUUACUGAUUAGUGCAUUGAACUUGCUUGCUUGAUGCUUGAAUAACUCAUUGUAAAACCAUUAAAAUGUUCAAGAAUAUAAA